AUGACAUUUUCCAGAUUGGUGCAAGCAGCUAGCGAUGCAGCUCAGGCAGCCAGUGAUGCAGCCCAAGCUCUACGAGAUCAACAGCAGUCCAGGAUCGAAGUCACCCAUGCUGACCAGCCCAUUGUGAACGUUUCAGGUGAAUCUGCUGAGACUCAGGAUCGUUGCAGUCAACUGUAUAGCCUUCUCACUGGAUUGUUGCGUGGGAAGCCACUUAGAAUGCUGAGGCAAGUUGAAGGCAGAAAUGGAUUUGAAGUUUGGCGUCAACUGGUACAGUUAUUUCAGCCAAAGACCAAGUCUCGAGCCAUUUCUACACUUAGCGCUUUGAUGAACAUCCCUGGAUUCACUCAGAAAGACCGCACUCUGCUUGACCAAAUUCUUGGAUUGGAAAGACUGCGCACUGAGUAUGUCAGAGCAAGUGGGUCAGACAUUGCCGACGACAUCAUGCUUUCUGUUUUGGUGCGUGCUUUGCCAAAGGCCAUUCAGCAGCACAUUCAGUUGCAGAUGAACGAGAACUCCACGUAUGCUCAAGUGCCUUCCGUGCGUUUGGUGACCUGCCCUGAGCCCUUGGUUGAAGAGCUUCCUUCAGAUGCUUCUGAGAUCGAGCUUCAUGAUCUGACAGUGAUUGAUAGCUAUGGUGGUUUCUGCAACAUGGACUUUGACGAUGCCGAGGAUGACAAUGGCGCGGACGCAGCCGCCAUGCCAGUUGAUGGUACAGCAUCCUCCACUGCAUAUCCUUGGCGGGUGCCGGUGAUCAUGGAUACCACCGAUGUGAAGAGCACUGGUGGGACUAAAUCCUUCAUUUCUGUUUGGACUGCUGCAUGUGAUACGCAGCGGCCAGUGGACGCAGGUGAUGAUGGGUUUUGGAACGGUCGUGAACUCACCUCAGACCCAGUCGAAUCAUUUGCCUCAGUGAAGCCACUUGCCGGUGAUUCCGUCGAGCGAUUUUAUGAUUCACGUGGAAGAGGAGCUCUGCACACAGCACCGGUUGAAGCCCCUGCACAUUUGGACAUCAAUUUUGACUCAUUUUUGUUUGACAGUGCUCCCGCUUACAUUAAUGCUGGAAUAGCUGACGAUGGUUUCAUCACCUCAAGCCUUGCAUGUUCAGCGGCUGGAGACACGGUCAUGGACACCAUGUCAGACGACAGAUGCAGGAGCCACAGUGCUACGCAGAGGGGUUUUGCACUAAUUUUGGACUUGCAGAAGCCACAAUUCAUUUGGGAACAGAACAAUUUCCUCGGUGCGGUCUUUGAAAAGGGCAAUGUUGUUGCUGACUUCUUCCCACACGUAGCUUUGAAAAGGCCUGCAGGUAAGGGCAAUGUUGUUGAUGACCCCUUCCCGCAUGUUUCUUUGAAAAGACCUGCAUCUUGGCCAGUCGAUUUGACAAGCGACGAGAUGGAGGAGGUGCCCAUUCAGAAGGCUCUUAGGAGGGGCCAGUUCAAAGCGCUGUAUUCGAGAACCAUCAAACGUGGCGCUGUUGUGCAUGAAGAAACACAGAGAGCCAACUUCAUGGCUGGUUGGACUUCAGUUGUUCGUUUGAACCUUUUUGCAUUUGCAGCAUCCGACGAAGCUCGCUGUGAGAGUCUGGAAACGGAGCUGCGUGCAGCAGUGUACACCACGGUGGUGGAGCACCUAUCUAGGAAAGCCACCAGCACGGUGGGAAAGAGGUUGGGUGCCAUGAGAAGGUUUGCGGAGUUUUGCGCUGCCAGUGCCAUGUCACCGUUCCCGCUGGACGACAGUUGCAUGCAUGCCUGUCUUUUCAGUCUUUCAACAGAUGCUUGCGCACGAGGUUGCUCAGGGAAGCCUUUUUUGGAAGUUGUGCGAUUUACAAGUUCAAUGUUAGGCCUGCGCAUAUCUCAGAGCGUCGCAGGCCUAGCAGACUCAUUGGUCAAGCAAGCACCUGUGAUUGAACAAGCGGUUGCGUUGACAGUUGAGCAGAUCAAGAAGGUCGAACUGACUUGCUGCUAUUCUGAAUCAUUGCAAGACAGGGUACUCUUGGGAGGGAUUUUACUGAUGGUUUACGGCAGUGCAAGGACUUCAGACAUGGCACGUGCAAUCAAAAUGUUGGUUGACAGGGACGUCAGGCACCUGGACGAGCUUGACUCAAAUGAACCUGAGGGGUUCAUCGAACUGGCAGUGCUUGGAAACAAGGGUGCAAGGAGCGAUGUUCACAGGCGAAUGCUCCUCCCAGCGGUAGCCCCAAUGAUGAGCCUUAGUGGUGCAAAGUGGCGGGACACUUUCCUGGAAGCACGUAUGGCCCUUGGACUCGAAACUGAAGGCCGCCUAAGUUGGCCGUUGCUAUGCAGGUUCGAUUCAGAUGGCAAACCGCUGGAACAGAACCUCACCGCGUCGGAGAUUGGGGAGCUCCUGCGCCAAUGUCCGGAUGCCAGAACUGAAAGACGCAAUGUUGUGCGCAGCCAUUCAUGCAAGGUUACAAUGCUUUCAUGGUUGGCAAAAGAUGGCACGGAACUUCACGUCCGACGAUUGGUCGGGCACCACUUGGAUGUUGGGGCAAAGAGUGCAGAGACGUAUGCACGUGACAGUAUGGCCCCGGCGAUGCGUGCUGUGGCGCAGGUGGUGAAUGCAGUUAUCAAGGGCACUUUUGCCCCUGAUGUCACUCAAUCAGGGAGAUUUCUGAAGCAACAGCCGAUGAUCGUCGCUGCAACGAACAGCGGGGAGAACUCUGACGGCUCCUAUGAAUUUCCUUUCAGUGAUGGUGACCGAGUUGGCGGUGACACUGACGCAACCACCACAGAUAGCUCAUCCGAUGCAGGAUCAACCUCAAGCGAGACUGUGAAUGAUGCCACGACCUUGUGGGAGUUGCUGCGCCCUGUGCUUAGGCGCACUCUGGUGGAUGUUGGGACUCAUUUGGAGAAAUUCGUGCACUCGAUCUCAUACGUGGUCCGUUUGAAACAACCAUCAGAGAAGAAGUUCCUGUGUGGUCGAGUUUGCAACGACCGCUAUGAUAGCAGAGCAUCUGGAGCGUCAGAGGAGUGGCCAAAGUGCGCCACUUGUUUCGGCAGCAGGGAGGCAGAUGCACCUACAACAGGCUUGGAGUCGAUGAUGAGACAGCUGAGCUACGAAGCGAUUACGGUUGCAGUUGCAGCCAUCGGGUUUCCGGUUGAACCACAGCAGAAAGUACAGAUCAAGAGCUACAGUAGCAGCCAGUUGACGAGCGCAUUGCGGUGCUUGAAGACCAACAACUACAAGUCAGAACGAGCUCCCGAUGCUGCUGCCGAUCUCUACACAGAUUUGGGACAAAUGCAGAAUGCUUUCAUCAGGCGUGGCCUAGCAUGCGAGCAAGCUGGAUUGUUAAGCUAUGCUACACAUGAAAAAAGUCAGGAACGCUUUCAUGACUCACAUGACGAGGUCGUCUCAGUUGAUCAUGUGGCCCUCGAGGGAGUGCCGAUGUUGCGGAUUGACAUUUCGAAGGCCGACCAGCGCAAAGUGCUUGAGGCUUUGCAACAGCUGAUGAAUGCGCCUACCACGAUACAUUGUGCGGCACCUGGGCGGAGGUUGUUACGCUACUUUGGCCGCGUGGUGUGCCUCUCCCUAGGCAUGCUUGUGUUUUCGUUUUUACGACACGAAGCUGCCAAAGCUUGUUGGAUUGCUGGUUUUGCUCAGUCGCUAACAGCACAGAAGGUCAUCCACAAUGGCACUAUGAGAGAAGCGGCCAGUGACCUGCAUCCCUUCUUCAUCUGCGUCCCGACUCACUCGAAUCUCGGCGAUGAUCCAUCGAGAGGGCGAUUCAAUGAACUAGAGCGGCGCGGUGCCAAAAGAACCCGCUUGGACAACAGCCUGAUCACAAUGCUAUGCACAACGAAUGCGAGUCCCACAAUGGAAUUUCAAGAUGGGGCUUUGCCACUUCGACCGGCUGAUACAGCUGAACCUGCAGAGCAACCUGGCGUGGAUGUGAUACCAGCUGCAGAGGACGCAGCCGUGAAGAAAACCUGCCGUGGACUGGGUAUUCAGACCAUAACAGAGCGUGAGACGCUUCCCAAAGCCGUGGAAUAUGGAUGGAAUAGCAAAUGUGGAAGCUUGUCCUUGGAGUUUUGGUUAUGUGAACUUGAGACGCAAAUGGAGGUCUCAGCUGAGGCCAUGCAGGGACCACACUGCCUGGUUGUGGAGUACAUGGACGUGAAGGAUGGUGAUGUUGACACCUUGGAGUUGCACGAGUACGAGAUGGAGGACGAAAGUUGUGAAGGUGCAGCAACUGAUGUUGCAUCUGACAAUGUUCUCAAGCGUUUGGGUGUUCCUCAUAGCACUUUUGAGCCUGAACUGGAUCCAUCCACACUUCUUCAAUUGGAUCUUUUGGCAGAUGAACUCGAAAUCAGCCGCCUGAAGGCGAUGGGUGUGCUGAUCCCAGCUGAGGACUUCGAUGCGGCGGACCAAACACCAAAGAAACUCACUACCAGAAUGGUGGUUUGUGAAGAUGCUGGUGGAAAUGUUUCCCACUACAUACUUGGCAAGGUGUUGCCAGGACAGCGCAAUGGAUCUCAGAUGUGGCAUGAAAGUUUCAGCUCCUUCUUGCGUGAGGACCUGAAGAUUGUGGAGUGUGCCGCAUACCCGUGUUUGCUGAGAAGUGAGACCACAGAAGACCAUGGAAGGCCAGCAUGUUUACUUCUUCUACAUGUUGACGAUGUUCUUUGUUUGUGCAAGCGCUCCUACCUUGAGAGCGUGUUACUUCCAGCCCUGAAGGCGCGCUACAAGAUCUCUCACGAGAUGAUGGCUGUCGAGCGUGAUGAACUCACAUUUUUGAAGCGUCGUCACAUGCUGAUGAAUGAGUUUGAGCUUGCAAUCCAAAGCCACCCCAAGCAUCUUGAGAAACUCUUUGAACUACUGAAGAUUGGCCGAGGUUUGAAACCAAAGAAAACACUAGUGCACCCUAUGCUGGAUGAGGAUGACAAAACCGAGAUGUUGGACAACCAGCAGGCCAGCAUCUACCGCUCUUGCACUGGUAUUCUUCUUUAUGUAACCAGUGACCUUGUGGAAUGUCAAUAUGCUAUUCGAGGCCUUUCUCAGUCAAUGUCUAAGCCGACAAAGCAGUCCAUGGAAUGUUUGCGAUAUCUCUGCAUUUAUCUUCUAGGUGGCACAGACCAGUGCCUGAUGCUGAAGUACGAGAGCCACCAAGGUGUUGGACGGAUCAGGCACAUCAGUUUGCGUGUGCUGUGGAUGCAACAGAAGGUCUAUGACCUAAGUACUUCACAGUACGUUGGCUCUGAAGUGAAUGAGAAGUUAGAACAAGAAACAAUGACAAGCAAGGGUAUCAAACUUUUCACACUUGCGGGAAUGAACAAUCAUGAUGCAAAGGCUUUUUUGAGGGUUAUGUUAAUCAGCGCCUUGAGCCUUACUCCUGCCACCGCUUCUCCAGCAGAAGAACCAAUGGUGGUGGAUGGAAGCUAUUUCGGCUUCUUCUUUGCGGUGAUCGUCACCAUUUUGUGCAUCACACUGGGAUACAUAGCUGUGCUCAGGAGAGAACUUCGAGAGCUGCGCGGAGAGAAGACUCAGUUUGAAUGGAAUGGCACUUUGACAAAGGUGCUGAAGCUUUUGAAAGGAGCGAAAACUGAGAGCAAACAGAAGGAGGCCAUCAAGGCCAAUGUUGAAGGUGCCGAAGAAGAAAAGGGAACAGACGAUGAAAGCGUUGGAGAGACACCACAAGAACGCUUCGAAAGAUACAGCCAGAGCACCAUGGACGAAGUAUCUGAUCCAGGACUUUGGCAACUUUGGCACCAUGGAACUCCCAGCGCUACUGAUGAGCCUUCUGCCCAUCGACAAUAUGCAGAUGGACACAUAGAACAGAUGAUGAAGGACACCAAUGACAUCUUGCGCAGACGUCUUCGAAGGUUGGAAGCUGAGUAUGAUGUAGCAUCAACUGCCAACGAUAUCGACCUGAUGCACCAGCUGGACUCCCAGAUCACCGAGUGCAAUGGCCUUAUGUAUAACCUGGGCUAG